AUGCGCCGUAUGUUUAGCGAGUUGGGUUUUGAUGAUUUUCUGGACCGGUUCAUGCCGGGCCCGGAUAUGCCAACUAUGUUGACGAAGGAGAUCCCGGGCAUGAGCAAGGCGGUGCUACUGGGGACAGAAGAUAACAAUAUCUGUGAUGAACUGUGCAAGGUCGCACAACCGAUCUUCGAGCACUGCUCUAACGAAGACAGGUUGGUGGCAAAGAACACGGGCCACAAUCCUGACGACAGCGAUUGUGAAGACUAUAGCGAGAAUUUGGAGGUUGAUGUUUCAUUCUACCCCGUAGACGACGACGCGAAGGGUGACUACACCCGCCCUGGGUUGAUCGGCUCGCUUGCGGCCACGCGCUGGGCGUGGAUCUCAUUGCUCGUGGAGGUCAAGACGGAUCACAAGCACUGCGCAUUCGAGUUUGAGGACGAGAAAGUCGAGAAGAAGGAUGUCGGACGCAAGAAGGCGGCGGACGGAGGCGAGGACGGCGGCGGCGAUACUGAACACCAUGAUGGCCCUCAGGAAUCUGCUGCGGUAGGCAAGGGCCAGGGGCACGCUACAGACGACGGUGACCCGCCGACCCCGAGGCCUUUUGUUCGUACUGGCGAAGCGGCAGAAAGAGCACUCGGGUGCAUGGGCAAGUACAUCGCGAAGCUGUUCAGGCGGCAGCACCGGCUGCACAUCUUCACCCUCUAUGUCUUCAAGGGACAGGUUCGUGUUCUUCGCUCGGACCGAGCCGGUACUAUCGUCUCGACGCCGGUCAACUUCGAGGCGGAUCCAUCGUUGCUGCACAAGGUCCUGUGGCGAUAUGCUUGCAUGAAUCAAGUAGAGCGCGGCUUCGAUCCAACAGUGACCAGGGCGACGGUCGAGGAGAUAGAAGCCAUGAGAUCCUGUCCAGCAAUGAACGAUGCGGCCGGGGCCUACCGCGACGCCGCUCUGGAUCAGCCCGGAUGGCCAGUCUACAAGAUAACGAUGCGACGCGGAGACUUGAUCGACCAGCGGAGCAUGCAACCGAUCGCUGAUGAAUUCUACGAACCCGAAAAACUGAGCAUACCGGAGGAUCGUGUGGGGACUUCGGACGAGGUGUGCUUCAUCGUCGGUAAGCAUCGUUCUGCCACGAAUUCCCCGGCCGGGCGAGGUAUGAGAGGCUACAUCGCCUACGACGUGUCGCGUCGACGGCUGGUCUUCUUGAAAGACUAUUGGCGACCGUGUAUCAAGAGCUCACUGUUCGAGGGGGAGGUGUUGCAUUCGCUGAGGAGCGUGGGAGUGCGAUACGUCCCAACGCCUCUGGCUGCCGGGAUCGUGCAGGAUGAGAUGGGCGUCCAGGAGACGUGUACACAGGAUUUCUUGCCGGUGGAUGAGAGGACGGGGUUUUAUGCGCCGAGGCAAGAGCACUAUCGUCUCGUCGUGAAGGAGAUAGGUGAACCGCUUGACAAGCACAAGACUCCCAAGGAGCUCGUCAAGGUUAUGUGGCACGCACUGCACGCGCACCGACAGGCAUGGCAGGACCAGAAGCUUCUUCAUUGCGAUAUCAGCGCAGGCAACAUCCUCAUCCUCCGCUACCUCGAUAGGAGAGGGAAAGAGCAGGCUAUAGGCCUCCUCAUUGAUUGGGAAAUGUGCAGAUACCAGAUCUACCUCGAAACAAUGUCACGGCCAGGUCGUUCUGGUACCUGGGAGUUCAUGUCCGCCAGGCUUUUGCGCUACCCCGGGAGGAGACACGAGGUCGCGGAUGACCUGGAAGCAUUUGUCCAUGUCCUGGAAUGGAUCUGCUUCCGCUUCAUCAAGCACACACUGACCAACAAGUCUGCGGCACUCAAGAUGGAAAUACUCCAUACCUAUGAGGCGUACGGAUUCAAGGACGAUGACCCAAAUGGACAAGCAAUUGGUGGCCAUCAGAAGGAAGCGAACAUACGCAGCGGGAUGCCAGCCGUUGGUGUCGACCCAUACACUCCACUAAGCGAGCUUCUCAAGACCCUCGCCGUACUGUGUCAAAGACACUACUACGCGGUCGAGCCCAUGACCAAAUCCACUUCCGCGUCGAGCAGUGCCUUGACAGGUGAUCUCCCGGUUGACGAUGGCAUGUCGGAGUUCAGCCACCCAUUCGGCGAUGGCAAUGAGUCUUCAAGCGACUCAGAGGGCGAGAUCCCGAUAACACCUGCAGCCAAGGCAUCCGAAACGCUCUCAACGCACAAGAAAGUCUUCGACGCUUUCUUGAAGGCUCUCCGCAAGCCAGCACAGCAGUGGGCGAAAGUCGUCCGCACGACGGAUCAGUUCAAGAAACCUGCGUUCCAGGGUUCUACUGUGACUCAGUGCAGCGCAUCGCGCUCUAGCCAGCAGUCCUUGGGUUUGAAGCGGUCUCACGAGGGAGAAUCGAUGGACUCGGAGCGACCUGAGUCCCCCAAACGAGCAAGGACUACGAAGACGGACUUUCAGUCGUUGGAAGAAGAACGAGAGAGGCCUUCAUGUGAUUGUUGCGUUUCAUCCCUUCGCUAUCACUGAGAGUUAGGCACCCGGACGAGUAUCUCUGUGUCGCCUAAGUUCUCACUGUUCUCAUUUGAGUAUGUUGUUCUCCCUUCAUGAAUGAUCGUCAUUACUGCUCCUCUACGGUCGCCUUGUAUGCGUUGCGAGUGAAGGAUAUCGGUACUGAUAUGUCGUUGGGCACCCCUGUA